AUGGCAUCCUCCCACAAUAUCGAUACCGUGGGCUCCUUUUAUCAAGAGGAAAUUAUGGGCAUUGGCAGGACCGGCUUGGUCAUCCGUCGGGAGCAACUUGCUCUCAAGCUACCUCUCAGGUGGAGUACAAGCAGCGAUGAAGAGGUCAAAGCGAAUAUCGAAUCCAUUCAGCACGAACAAUCCAUAUAUAGGCGCUUAGGGGAAUGCGACCAUGUCGUUCCUGUCCUAGGUUUCUCCGAGACAGCCACCACACUGUCUCUGAUGGAAAAUGGAGAUUUACGCUCAUAUUUAAGCCAAAAUAAGCCAUCGAAAGAUCUCCAACUUUCUUGGUUUCGUGCAAUGGCUCGAGCACUUGCACAUGUCCAUGAAAGACGAAUUAUUGUGACAGAUAUUGUCAGCCGCAACUUCCUGCUCGACUCUGACUUAUCAAUCAAACUCUGCGAUUUUACCGAAUCCAUAAAAAUGCCUCUUGACACUUGUAUGGAGACGGCUGACUCUGGAGGUUAUUCCUUACAAACAGAUAUUGGGCAGUUGGGAGUUGUGAUGUUCGAGGUAGUGGUUGGGGAGAAGUGCGAAUUUGAUAUCUUUCAAGACAUCCCACCAGAACUUAGUGAAGGCAGAUGGCCCCGAAGGGAGGGUCUUCCUAGCACCCAGGGAGUCUGGUUUGGUUUGAUAGUUGAACGAUGUUGGACUAAGGGCGCGUUGAAGUCGGCCCUCGAUUUGUGCAAUGAACUUGAAUCCGCCAAAAUCGAGAACGAGCCGGUUGAUGUAUUGUAG